CUACUUAAACAAAGUGGAGCUGAAGUUUGAAAUCUGGGUCCGAAUCCAAAGGCCAAAAAUUUGAGUGUUUUUGAAGGAAGAAAGAAGAAUGGUGUUCAUAACGGAAGAAAUGAUCAAACAGUUUCAGACCCUGAUGGAAAAAGUUGAUGAACCGCUGAAGAAAACUUUCCAGAAUAUACAUAAUGGGUAUCAAAGGGAGAAUUUGGCGAGGUUUCUCAAAGCAAGGGAUGGAGAUAUCUCGAAUGCACAUAAAAUGCUUGUUGACUGUCUAAACUGGAGGAUACAAAACGAAAUUGAUGCCAUACUGACAAAACCAAUAAACCCCACUGAUUUGUAUAGAGCAAUACGAGAUUCUCACCUAACUGGAAUGUCCGGAUACUCGAAAGAGGGUCUUCCAGUUAUUGCUGUUGGGGUAGGGCGCAGCACAUAUGACAAAGCAUCUAUUCACUACUAUGUCCAAUCACACAUCCAAAUGAAUGAAUACAGGGAUCGUGUGAUAUUGCCUUCUGCAACCAAAAAAUUUGGUCGGUACAUCGGCACAUGCAUAAAGAUUCUGGAUAUGACUGGACUAAGGAUUUCUGCGUUAAAUCAACUCAAGUUAUUGUCUGUAAUAUCCACUAUUGAUGACUUGAACUAUCCUGAGAAGACAGAGACAUAUUACAUCGUCAAUGCCCCAUAUAUAUUUUCAGCAUGUUGGAAGGUUGUUAGACCCCUUUUACAAGAGCGUACAAGGAAAAAAGUUCAGGUUCUUUCAGGCUCUGGAAGAGAUGAGUUGUUGAAGAUUAUGGAUUAUGAAUCUCUCCCUCACUUCUGUAGAAAAGAAGGUUAGUGAUUGUUUUUCCUUGGACCAUCCCUUCCAUCAGCAGCUAUAUAAUUAUGUCAAGGAGCAAGCUGCUGUAGUUGGGGCAGCUGCACCAAUCAGACAUGGCUCGUUCCACGUGGAUUUUCCUGAGCCAGAUCCAGAGGACGUAAAAAUUGCUCAAACUAUAGAAUCUGAGUUUCAACGACUUGGCAAGAAAAAUGGGGUUUCACACUCAUUUCAUGAGCUUAAGAUAAACGGGGACUGAAUCAGGCAGAACAGGCUCGAGUGUCGAUAAUGUCUGUUGUAAGUAGCUUAGGCUGCUCAUUCCUGGUUGUAUCCUAGAACGCUCGCAUUAUCUUGAUGCAGGUUUUGGGGCUGAGCUAAGUUUUAUAUGACCACCUUGAUGGAAUGUUACAUCAUCACUCACAAAUAGUCUGGAAAUCCAAAGUGCUAAUGCAGAGUUCAAUAAAGUUUAUAAUUUCUUGU